AUGCCAGCUGUUCCACAGAUCCUGCUGGUAACUCUGGAAGAGCUGACGAGAGCAGAACUGAAGAGGUUUCAGUGGUACCUGACUACAGAGAAUGCACUGGAAGGCUUCUCUCACAUCCCAAGGGCUCAGCUGGAGAAUGCUGAUGUACAGGACACAGUGGAUAAGAUGGUGGAGAGAUACAAACCUAGAGGUGCUGUGGAGAUCACACUGCUCAUCCUGAGGAAGAUGGAGCAGAAUAACCUGGCUGAGAAGUUAGGGAGUAAACUCAGGGAAGAUGUCCAGGAAUGCACUGUCAGAGUUAACUUGAAAGGCAGUCUGAAAAAAAAAUACGGCUCCAUACAUGAAGGAACUUCCAUUAUAGACGAAUGUAAGCUCCUAAAUGCCAUCUACACCGAGCUCUACAUAGUGAAGGGAGGAACAGGAGGAGUUUGUACUGAACAUGAGGUGAGACAGGCUGAAGCAGCAUCCAAGAGACCCGACGAAGAGGAAAUUCCAGUCAAGAUCUCUGACAUCUUCAAAGAUCUACCUGACCAACCAAGUUAUGUCAGAAAGGUUCUGACACUUGGGAUCGCUGGUGUGGGAAAAACUGUCUCCGUGCAAAAGUUCAUUCUGGACUGGGCCGAAGAGAGGGACAAUAAGGAUUUAGACUACAUUUUUCCUCUCCCCUUUCGCAGUCUGAAUUUGAUAAAACGAAACUACAGUCUAAUCAAACUAAUUCACCAGUGCUUUCCAGAGACAGCGCAAAUGAAGACCUUACCAUUAGAGAACAGGAAAGUCAUGUUCAUCUUUGAUGGCCUUGAUGAGAGUCGACUUCCUCUAAAAUUCAAAGAAAAUGAGAUAUUGACUGACAUAAUGGAAGAAAACGCUGUGGACAUUCUGAUCACAAACCUUAUUAGGGGGGAAAUGCUGCCCUCUGCUCUCAUCUGGAUAACCUCCAGACCUGCAGCAGCAAACCAGAUCCCUCAUGACUAUAUCCACCAGGUAACAGAGGUGAGAGGGUUCACUGAUGUACAAAAGGAUGAGUACUUCAGGAAGAGAAUCAGAGAUCCGGAUAAAGUAAACAAUAUCAUCACACACAUUAAGGAAUCAAGGAGCCUUCACAUCCUCUGUCACAUUCCAGUUUUCUGUUGGAUCUCAGCCACUGUGCUCAAUAAACAUCUAAGUGAAAGUGACCAAGAGGGACUGCCCAAAACUUUAACUGAAAUGUAUAUACGUUUCCUACUAUUUCAAGCAAAGCUAAUGGAACAGAAAUAUCCAGGAACAUUGCCAGACUUACUGAAACUUGCAAAAUUAGCAUUUCAUCAGCUUGAAAAAGGACAACUAAUUUUUUAUGAAGAGGAUCUCAGAGAGUGUGGCAUUGAUGUCAGUCAAGCUACAGUGUAUUCAGGUGUUUGCACACAAAUCUUUAAAGAGGAAGAAAAUGUGUUCAGCUUUGUGCAUUUGAGCAUCCAGGAAUGCUUAGCAGCUGUUUACGUGUUUGUCUCAUUCCUCAGCAAAAAGAGCAAUCCACUUCAGCAAAGAACUCGAGAGAAAGUGAAAUGGUUUUUGAAGCACAACAUGUUUGAUCUCCACAAGAAUGCGAUAGAUAAGGCCUUACAGAGUGAAAAUGGACACCUGGACCUUUUCCUCCGCUUCCUCCUUGGCCUCUCACUGGAGUCCAAUCAGAGGCACUUGAAGAAAUUGCUGCCCAGAACACAGAUUAGAACAGAGAGUUUGAAGGAAACUACUGAUUACAUUAAGAGUAAACUCAAUCUGAAAACCUCUUCAGAAAGAAGCAUAAAUCUAUUCCAUUGCCUGAAUGAACUUAAAGACAACUCACUUGUGACUGAAAUUCAAAAGCAUCUGAACUCAGGAGCUCUCUCAACAGUGGACCUCUCCUCUGCCCAGUGGUCAGCUCUGGCCUUUGUGUUGCAGAUGACUGAGGGGAUUCAAGAAAAGUUUGAGCUGCAGAAAUAUAGAGGAUCAGAUGAAUCUCUAAGGAGGCUGCUACCAGUGGUGAAAAAUACAAGAAGAGCUUUACUUAACAACUGUGAUCUCACUGAACAGUCAUGUAAAGCUAUAAUCUCAGUUCUACAGUCAGCAAACUCCCCCCUGAAAGAGCUGAACCUUGGUGACAAUGACCUUCAAGAUAGAGGAGUGAAGCUGCUCUCUGUUGGACUUGCGAAUCCACACUGUAAACUGGAGAUACUGAGACUUAACAGAUGUAAACUCACUGAACAGUCCUGUGAAACUGUAGCUACAGUUCUGCAGUCAGCAAACUGUCCCCUGAGAGAACUGGACCUCAGUAACAAUAAGCUUCGGGAUUCAGGAAUGAUAAUUCUCUCUGCUGGACUGAAGAGCCUGCACUGUAAACUGGAGAUUCUAAGACUUGCUUACUGUAACCUCACAAAAGAGUCCUGUGAAACUGUAGGCUCAGUUCUACAGUCAGCAAAGUCGCAGCUGACAGCACUUGAUAUGAGUUACAAUUACCUUCAAGAUUCUGGAAUUGAGCUGCUCUCUGUUGGUCUGAAGACUCCACACUGUAAACUGGAGAUACUGAAACUUGCUGACUGUGAUCUCUCAGAGAAGUCAUGUAAAAUAAUGGCUUCUGUCCUUCAGUCAGCAAACUGUCCACUGAGAGAGCUGGACUUGAGUAACAAUGAUCUUCAGGAUUCAGGAGUGAAGAUGCUCUGUGCUGGACUGCAGAGUGCACAGUGUAAACUUGAGAUACUGAGAUUAUCUGGCUGUUUGGUCACUGAGGAAGGCUGCUCCUCUCUGGCUUCUGCCCUGGGCUCAAAUCCCUCACAUCUUAGAGAGCUGGAUCUGAGCUACAAUCAUCCAGAGGACCCCGGACUGAGGCUACUCUCCGCUAGAUGGAAGAAUCCACACUGUAAACUGGAAACACUCAAUGUGGCCAAUGGAGGUGAAUUUCGACUACAGCCAGGACUAAAAAAAUAUGCUUGUGCACUCACACUGGACCCAAACACAGCAAACACACAGCUCUCUCUGUCUGAGGACUACAGAAAGGUGAGAUUUGUGGGAAAGAGGCAACCAUAUCCUGAUCAUCCAGAGAGAUUUGACCCAUGUCCUCAGGUUCUGUGUAAUGAGAGUCUUUCUGGGCGUUGCUACUGGGAAGCUGAGAGGAUUGGGGACUGUGCCAUUGGAAUGACAUACAAAGACAUCAAGAGGAAAGGAGAGAGUGAUGGUGACAUAUGUGGGCUUGGAUUCAGUGACGGGUCCUGGAGUCUGAUAUGUUUUAAUGUCACCUUUUCUGUCUGGCACAACAAUCACAGCAUACAUAUACAUCCCUCUGAUGAUCAUCCUCGCAAGUUUGGAGUGUAUCUAGACAGUUCAGCUGGUACUCUGUCCUUCUAUAGCAUUUCCUCUAAUACACACAAACUGACACACAUAUACACAUUCAGAUCCAUAUUCAAUGAGCCCCUCUAUCCAGGAUUUAGGGUUUAUGACUCAAUGUUCCUGUUGACAUAA